UAGUAGUCGCUGACAGUGACUGUGUCCAGCUGUGACGUUCUGAAAGAGCCAUCGUCAUCCGACAUUUGACAAACAAUACAAGAGCAUUAUACAAUGUGGGCAAUGGCAAACAAGGUCAUAGAUGGGAAGUUUGGGUGCUCUAUAUGUGGCAAGCAACUAUCCAGACCGCAACGACUUGUCACUCACAUGGAAAGUAAACAUCCAGACCAACAGAGUUUGUUGCCAGAAUUGGCGGGAAGAAAGAGGGGGAUGUACAAGCAGUACGAAAUUGAUGAUGCAGCAUCAGUUCCGGAACGCACUAAGUACAGAAAACUUGAUGGGAACCAAUCACAGCCUACGCAAUAUGAAUCCAUGCAGUGCCAAGAAGACACAAAAUGUGACACUGAAAAAGUACAUGAUGUAGCUGAAACAAGUAAGGAUGCCCCAAGGAACGAACAGUAUAUGGCUAUCCUGGCAUAUGUAAACAAAAUGAAACUCUCUGGCUCGGCUGCUGAACAUUUGUUAAGGCUGAUCGAUGUUCUUGGUAAUGCAAGCCUAGAGGACACAACAACAAAGGAACUGAAGAGUAGCUUUUGCGAUACUGAACCAUUGAUAUAUGAUUUCUGUGAUCAGUGCUUCAAGCUAUAUCCAAUGGAUGAAGAAGUCUUCAGGUGCUCUACUGAAGGAUGUGAAGGAAUGCGAUACACGGGCACAGAAGAUUCCCAGUAUCGAAAGCGAAGAAAGUCAUUCUUCAGCACUGUCCCUCUCCAACAGCAGCUUGUUGACAUUCUCAACAGAGACGGAAUCAUGGACGAGAUGAAAAAUCCAACAACAGUGACAAUGACCAUGAACACUGAUGAAAUUCCGUUGUAUAACUCAUCAAACGUCAGCCUGUGGCUUGUGUUUCUAGUGAUCAACGAGAUACCACCAUCAGAGAGUUUUUUUUACACAAAACAUGAUUAUCUUGGGUUUAUGGCAAGGAUGUGGCAAGCCAUGCUUCAAAACAUACCUGCAGCCGCUUGUGAGGGAACUAAACAUCCCCUCGAUAGACGGAAUAAGUGUGAAUGA